AUGUGCCCUACUGCUCUCUGGCUUGUUUCCAGGACCCCGUGGUCGCACGCUCAAUGCUCCGAACCCUUCUACAAAGCGGCAGUUCACGACGCAAUAGCCCAGGACUCUGAAGCGGAUAGGGAGGAGAAACGGAAGAUGAUGGAAAUGCUGCAGAGGUUCGAAGAGGGCGCCGAUAUCUCCUUGGACGAGGACGACGGCGGGCUGGCAGAAGCCCUCGACGGCGUAGACCUUGCAGACGACAUCGACACGAACGAGCUCUUCCACCUCCUCCCGUCGGGACAUCGGGACGCCUUCCUCGCAGCUCUCCGGAAUCCGGACUCGAGCGCGGCCAAGGAGCUCAUGGAGGCCGCCAUGGCCGAAGGACUCGGAGAGGAAGGCGAGGUGGACAGCGACGAGCCGCCCCCGCCCUCAGUUCUACCUUGGUGGGAGGGCAUAUCGGGAGAGUCAGAGGACGGCGAGCCCUGCGCCGCUGAGCCGUCACCUGUCUCGGGGCCGAAACCGCGACCACCGCCAGGCUCCCAAGAGGUCCGCCAUGAGCUUGUUGAUCUCGCGCCAUUCCUGAAAGAGGGCAGCGUCGUGCGGUACGAGAGCCUCUCAGCCGCCUACGGGAGUGUGUGGGACUCGAUAGCGUCUCAGAGCGAUCACCCGCCACCACCGCGAUACCUCGCGCAGCUCCUGGAGACAACGACCAAGCUGCUGAUACCGCCGAUUACGGUCAAUCCGCCGCGCGUCGCGCUCGUGUUGGGGGAUUGUCAGCAAGUGCUCGAUAAAUUGGGCAAAAGGAAGGUGGCGUUUUACGAUUCUGCACUGGGGCAGGUGAAGCGCGCGGAGUGGGCGAAGUUGAGCAGUGAGGUGAGCAGGGAGGCGGAGAAGAUCAAGGCUGAGUUGGAGAAGGGAACGCAGGAGAAGGAGGGGCGACCUAUGCUUGAGGUCAAGGAGGAGAGGGGGCAUGAUCCCAUGUCCGGGGCCAAGAUUGAACUGCUAGACUAG